CUGUAGUAGUAAUUACUGAGAUGAAUUUCGUGGGUAUCUUAAGCACCUGCACAGUACCUUGUAAAGGAUGAUGUUUCGCUGAGAGAUGGUCUAAGAGUAUAUCUUACCACCUUCCAAAGGAUGAUGUUUCGCUGAGAGAUGGUCUAAGAGUAUAUCUUACCACCUUCCAAAGGAUAUUUCCGUCUAUGAGUGAGAAAUCAUGGCAUCACUUCUUCGUCCUCUAAUAGUCCUGAUGUAUCUUAGUCAAAAAUAUCCUGACGUAUCGAGUCAGUCACCAGAUUGCUUCAGUAAUCCUGUUGGUGUAGCCAGUCCCAGUAUCAUCCAUGAUAACCAGCUGAGUGCAUCUUCAACAUUCAGUUCUAAGGUUUUAGCGGCUUAUGGGCGACUCAACAGUAACAGAGGCGAUGGUUGGUGUUCAAAAACUAGAGACAGUAACAAUGAUUGGCUUCAAGUUGACAUCGGAGAAGCAAUUCAAGCAUGCGGUCUUGCUACCCAAGGAGAUAUAGAGGGGAUACGCGAAUGGGUUACCGCUUUCACACUGUCUUAUUCCUUGGAUGGAGGAAACUGGGAAACUUAUAAGGAAGACAGCGGCGAGGCAAUGGAAUUUAAGAGGAAAGGUGACAGUUCGACAAUCGACCGGCACAAGUUACCACGAUCAGUGUACGCAAGAUACUUUCGAUUUAAUCCAACCCAACGUAAUAUGUGGAACUGCCUCAGGGUUGAAAUUUACAGAAUCAAAACUCCAGGAUGUCAGCACAUGGAGCUGGGACUGGGCAAUGGAUACAUCUUGGAUAAGGAUAUCAGUUCGUCUUCUGUCCUGAAGAAUAACACACCUGCUAAGAAUGGUCGAUUGAACUACGUUGAAGGAUCCUCGUGGUGUGCAGCAACAAAUGACAGUCAGCCAUAUCUACAGGUUGACUUUGAGAAGCUUUAUAUCAUCUGUGCUGUGUCAACUCAGGGGAAUUCCCAAGGGGAUCAGUGGGUGAAGAAGUACACACUCCAAUCUUCCAGGGAUGGAACAACUUGGACAGACUAUAAAGAGAAAGGAAUUUUGAGGAUCAUCACGGGAAAUUUUGACCCUAAUGAAAAGGUUAAGCACAUUUUGUGCUCCAGGAUUGUUGCUCGGCGUUUGCGUAUCAUUGCUCGGGAGCACCACAGCAGCUGUUGUAUGAGGGUUGAGUUAUAUGGAAUACCGCUGACACAAGAUAUUGCCUUGGGUCAGCCUACUUCUCAGUCUGCUACGCAUAAAAAUAGUACGGCUGACAAAGCAGUGGAUGGAGACGUUCGUUCCUGUGCUACAACUCAGCUCCAGCAGGACCCCUGGUGGAAAGUGGACUUGGGAGCACCGCAAAUUGUAGCCAAGGUUAUGGUUAUAUUCAACCAUCGAAAGGAAGGCCUCCAAGUCUGGAUUGGAAAUCACAGCGAAAAUAGAAGUUCAACCUUGCUUUGUGGAGGAAAGAACCAUUCCGAAACGCUUUUAACAAUUCUAGAACGACUUUUCAUAUAUUGUCUGCCUAGAAUUGUCGGAACAUUUGUGUUAAUGAAAGGUUCAGGCGCUGACAGAACUUUGUCCUUAUGCGACGUGAAGGUUUAUUCCGAGAAAGAGACAAGGAUUGCGUGUCAGGCACAGGCAGUUGGUUUGGCCAGCUCCAACAAACACCCCGAUAAAAAUUUCGCAGCCUCGUCGUUUCGUGCGGGUAAUGAACCUUUCAAAGCACGCCUCAGUAAUAGCACGGGAGCCUGGUCGCCUAAAGAUGACAACAAUAUUGAUGAUUACCUGCAAAUUGAGCUGGGAGAUGUGUUCUUUAUUUGUGCUGUGGCUACUCUAGGACAUCCAUAUCGCGAAGAGUGGACCAAAAGUUAUAAAAUGCGUUUGUUUCUUAAGAAUUGGAUCACUUUUAAGGAGAACAACGCGGAAAAGAUUUUCGGCGGAAAUUUACAAAGCAACGAAACACUGAAACAUGUUCUGGUAGAAGUGACAAGGGCUCGGAUCAUUCGGCUCCAGCCAGUUGACUAUCAUAAUCACAAAUCUCUUAGAGUAGAAGUGUAUGGGACAAAAGUACCGGCAGGUGCACCUUUACCUCCUGUUAUUGAAAACAAAGAGAGGGAAAUAUCAUUUCCUAACUCUUUAAUUAAAUGGAAAUCUCCUGAUGCCGAUGGCUGUCCAGUUACUAUGUACACUGUGUACUACAAAGCCAUCAAAUCACGAAAUAAAGAAAGCGAUUGGCACCGUAUCAAUACAUCAUCGGGUACAAAUGAGCUGAACUACAGUAGCCUACCACUUGACUGUGACACAGAUUAUGAAUUUCAAGUAUCUUCAUGGAAUGACGUAGGAGCAAGUAACCGCUCAGUGUUGGUGCAAGUAAAAUCCAUCACAGGGUACCCGGUCAUCGUCAACAGGACUAACAAAGUGAAAGGAAGUGUUGUGGUGGUCCGUUGGAAGCCAUGCACUGCUUCUUUGUUCACUAUCUACCGUAGAGAAAUACUUUCAGCGAGUAAAAGCCACUGGAACGCAGUGAACGUGUCAGGAAACGGAACAGGUUAUGUUCUUCACCUUAGUUGCCAAAGAGAGUAUGAAAUAGUUUUAACAGCCUGGAAUUUUACAAAAGAGACGCCACUGGCAGCGGUUCUAAACCAAAGCAAAUUGUGGAGAGUGAGAACAUCAGGAGACAAACCGUUAGCUCCGAUUCUUAAGAGCAAAGGAGUUCACGUGUUCGGAUGCGUUGUGAAUCUCAAAUGGAGUCCUCCACAGGAUAAUGAUUGUCCCCUGACCUUGUACACAAUAUACUACAGAGAGGAGCAAUCGACAGGUGAAGACGAGUCCUGGCAUCAAAUCAAUGUUACUGUGAAUACUACUUCAAUGAAUCUUCCUUCGCUUAAGUGUAACACUGACUACAUUCUGAAGAUGACAGCUUGGAAUGAGUUGGGAGAAAGUGAUCACUCCAAUGAAUGGCCAAUAAAAACAGAAAGGACAACUGAUAAUUCAAUCGCACGAACCUUAACCAUUGCUGUACCUGUGGGGUGUGGGCUCCUGAUUCUGAUGACUGUGAGUAUCCUUUUCUUCAGACAAAGGAGAAAAAAGAGGAAACGUCAAAAGACAAGAAGAUCAAACUACGAUAUUGUUCCCCUUCUGCAAAAGGAGAUUCCCCCGCAGCGUGUAACAAUUAUGGAAGAACUGGGUCGAGGCGCCUUUGGUAAAGUACACAAGGCAAUCCUGAAAGAGAUACCAAAGGUUGAAGUGUUUUUCAAGCCCAAAGAGGAAAGAGUGCAUUUUAAUGAAGGAAGAGUGGUUGCUGUAAAACUUCUAAAUGAAAGAGCUAUCGAGGAAGGGAAAGAACAAUUCCUCAGAGAAAUUUCAUUUAUGCAGCGAGUUGGUACUCACAGGAAUGUGCUAAAUAUGAUUGGUUACUGGGACAGGUCGGAACCAAUCAUGCUAAUCCUGGAAUAUGUUCCACAAGGAGAUCUCCUUCAGUGGCUGAGGAACAAAAGGCUACAGAACAAAAACAAAAAGGGCAUCGACGGUGUCAUAUUUGAAUCCAUUGCCGAUCCUGCAUGGUCAGAUAGUGAAAUGAGUUCGCAAGAAGCCAACUCAGAUAUGUCAGAACAAGCAGCCUUACAUGGCUAUGAAAAUACUGGAAACGAAGUCAUGAGUGUUAUAGAAUUCAUGAACAUUUCUGGUAACCUAGAUGACAUAAGCAAUACGUCCGUCAUUUCUAUCAAAGUGGAUGAACAACCAUCAACUGAAGAGGAAAGGGAUGAAAAAAUCGUAACAGAACCGGGUAAAGGAAGCUUCCCUGAAAGAUUCAAUGUUGGUUCACUAGCAGAUGUUGUCAGCAACACUUUUGAGAGAUGCAGACGAAACCCUGAGAAGAUUAAAGAAAAGAAAGAAGACGAUAAAAUUAUUCCAUUUCUUGAUGAUGGAGAAAAUUGCAUUGCAAUAAGAGAAGUUUGUGCUCUAUCCGUGAGCAGCGAAUGUAAGAAGCAGAGUGAAGAAUUCAAAUGUUUGGAUGUAAUACCAUCACUGACAACAGGCAAUAGGGGCGAAGAGUACGAAACCAAGGAAAAAGCUCGUGCUGAAUACAAGGAGGAAGGAGAAACAGACAACGAAUUUACACCAUCGUUUGUAAGUAAAGAAAUUUGUACGAUAGUCCAGGAGGUCCAAUCAUCAGCACCUUCCGAAGAAAGCGCGAAAGAAGGCGAAGAGUCCAAUAACCAGGGCAUACUGGAAAGCUCUGAAGUGAGUCAAUCCACUGAAGAUUAUGGAGGUACCGCGGAGCGAGAGAGUGAAUCCGAAAAAAAAACAUUAUUGCUUGACACUAAAGAAAUCCAAAUUCAAAUUCCCGAAACGGUUCCUCCUCAUGAGCUAUGUGGACAAAACGCACUUGACCCACUCCAAGUGAUUUUGCCCACUUUGCGUGAAAUCAUCUAUAAGAAAGAUUCUUCUACUGAUCUUCGGCACGAUGGUAACGCUGAGGACAAUUUAAAAGACAGGAAGACGGAGAAUGAGUAUAGUAAGAGGAAUCAAGAGAAUGAUGAAGUGAAGUUGAUCAUUGAUGACGACGAAAAUUUUAACGCACCAGUGCAAUUUGCCAAACGUGAUUUGCCACAAUCUAAGAAUACAGAGGAACAGCAGCAAACAGAAGGCGACGCUGAGCAAGAGGUCGACUUCUCCGUCAAAGAUGUCCUUUGUUUCGCGUGGCAGAUAGCAAAGGGAAUGGAGUACUUGUCCAGCAAGGGAUUUGUUCACCGUGAUCUGGCCGCACGUAACAUCCUUCUUGGUGAGGACAGAGCUGUGAAAAUUGCUGACUUUGGCAUGUUACGUCACACGUAUGGAGACAUAUAUGAAAUGAAGAACACAAAAAAACUGCCAAUCAAAUGGAUGGCACCUGAAUUACUACACAGCGCCAUAUACACUUCAAAAAGUGAUGUGUGGUCUUUUGGUAUAGUUCUAUGGGAAAUGUGCACAAUGGGUGGCAUCCCCUACCCUGGGAUAAGAAACAGGGAGUUGUUCAGACUUCUCAAGUCAGGAUAUCGAAUGGACAAACCAGCCAUAUGUUCUGAUGAGCUAUAUGAGCUGAUGUUAGACUGUUGGAAAGCAGACCCAGAAGAGAGACCAUCUUUUGAACAACUGCUAACAAGAAUGGAAGAAAUGAUGACAAGGGACACUCCUUACUUUGAUCCAAAUAAAGAUUAUGAAAGUGAUGCCUCCAACACUGAGACAAAACCUGAAAGUGACCAACCACAUGAGUAAUUAAUGUUUGCCACAAGUUCUUAGAAGAAAGAUUACGUUGUUGUUUUAUCUAUUAAGUUCUUAUCCCCUCUAAAUUACAUUUAAAGAAAUGGAUUUUAU